AUGCCUUUGUCAACAGAAAGACACCGAGACUCCAGCGUGCCACAGAUCUGGCGGUGAGGAUAGUUCCAAAGAUGAGGCUGGUCUGUCUGCUGACGCUGCUGCUAACUGCCUUGACUUGCGCUUUCCCCGGAAAGAAUGUCGAGGAGGAAGAGCUGACCGUUGCCGAGGAACCAACGAGCACCAAGUCUCGCUUUGCCAUGCUGGACGACGUGCGUCUCCUGGCCAACGGGCUGCUGCAGCUGGGGCAAAGCUUGAGAGAGUUCGUCCACAAGACCAAGGGCCAGAUCAACGACAUAUUCCAGAAGCUCAACAUUUUCGACCGGUCCUUCUACCAGCUGUCCGUGGUCACCAGCGAGAUCAAGGAGAGCGAGGAGGAGCUGAAGAAGACCACCAGCUACCUCAAGAACAACAACGAGGAGAUCAAGAACCUGUCGCUGGAGAUCAACACCAAGAUCAACAGCAUCAUGCAGGAGCGCAGUCAGCUGCAGAGCAAGGUGUGGGGGCUGGAGGAGAGGCUGAGCGGACUAUCCGAGAGCCUGCUCUCUAAAGAGCAGCUGUCCGAGAUCUCCACUCUCAAGGAAGUGAUCAUCACCCAGGAGAGGAGCAUCACAGAUCUGCUGAAGGCGGUUAGGGAGCAGCAUGAACAGCUCAACUACCAUAAGAACAAGAUCAAGAGCUUGGAAGACAAGCUGAACUUUGCUUCAUUCCAAGACACUACUGAACAAAAAGAAGAUUCAAACCUAGAGGCACCUAACAUUUUUCAAUACCUAACAAAUAAUUCAACAAGUGCCAGCAUUGUUACAAAUGGUCUUCCUAUUGACUGCAAUGAAAUUUUCAACAAAGGAGAGAGAAACAGUGGAAUAUACCCCAUCAAGCCAAAUCAGUCCAAGCCUUUCAACGUGUACUGUGAAUUUACUGCAGAAGGAGCAUCUACAGUCAUCCAGCGCAGACAGGACGGCUCUGUGGAUUUUGACCAGACUUGGGAAAAGUAUGAAGAAGGAUUUGGGGACCUUGAGAAAGAGUUCUGGCUGGGCUUAAAGAAGAUCUACUCCAUCGCUAGACAAAAUGACUCGGAUAUCCUCCAGAUCAAGCUGGAAGACUGGAACGAGCAGAAGCGCUCUGUAGAGUACCAGUUCAGCCUGCAGGGCCCAGACUCCAACUACACACUUCACCUGACGCAUCUGUCUGGCAACCUGCCCAACGCCAUGACCAACCACACUGGCAUGAAGUUCUCCACCAAGGACCGCGACAAUGACAACCACACGGACAUCAACUGCGCCCAAAGCUACACAGGUGGAUGGUGGUUCAAUGCCUGCGGAGAAACCAAUUUGAAUGGGAACUACAUCUGGGUGAGGCCGAUGGGCCGAAUGGUUCGGAGGAGGGGGAUCUGCUGGAAACCCGAGAGGGGGCAUUCCUACCACCUUAAAUCCACCAAGAUCUCAAUCCGCCACACGCCUGAAGCCAUCAGCUUCCGCUAGGCACAACACCUCAUUUCUGUUCUUCUGGAGAAAUGAGCACCACUCUCCACAGCCAUGAGAAGCUUUGGAAAAGCCCACAGUCCGUCAGGAGCCCAGCAGCUUUAGGGAUCCAGACAUGCCACCACAGCACGACGUGGUCUGGUGGCCCAAGUGAUGCAAUCACCUCUGGGCCCAGUCCACCAGCAGCCAUUCCAGAUGAAUUGCAACACAUCAAAAAUGAGGCUACUUGGUAGAAAAGUAAUGUAUAUUGGAGUAAUAUAUAAGUUGGAGAAUUUUCUAUCCAGUAUAAGAAAUUCACACAAAUGGUGCUGGUAGGGCAAUUGCGUUAAUAAGAAAUUGCUUUUAUUGCUGUUUUUUUACCUUGACAUAACUAGUUGGGGUCUACAGAGAAAAUAUUACACUUUUUAAGAGGCAUAGCCAAACUGCUGCAAAUCCAGGACGCCAUAGUCCAUUGCAUGUACUGUUGGUAUUUGUGCAUGUGUGUACACAUCGCUGACCUGCACGAGAUACCCCUGUACUUUAUUUCCCCAGAUAGACUGGAAGAAGAUCACAAUACAAAGAAAAUUUUUGUAUGGCUGUUAUUUUAACUUAAUUCUAUGCUACAUUUAAUCCAUUUUCAUUAUAUUUUACAAUCAAGAAAUGUGCAAUUUUUAAGUCAACUCAAUACUGUACGAAACUUUGAUGAUUUGCAAGUAUUGCCAAGUUACUGAGUCAUAUUGACUCCUAGGGAAGAUUUUCUGAGCACAGUAAGACUGUAUGUACAUUCUGUUACAAAAGGUGCCAAUGUUGUGUUAAAAAGCCUUUCCUCCUUACCAGGGAGGCCCUGAGGAAAAUGCAAUACAAACCAUUACAUGGAUAAGCUUCCUCUCAGACUAUUUGCAUUCCACGUAACAAUAAACGUGGUGCUAUCAUUAGUCAUUAUCAUUAGACUGUCAAAAAUGAACAACCAGACGUCAUUUUUCUUGCUCACUCCAUAUUUUCAACACAAUUCAGCAAAUGUCACUGGGAACCAAGCUACUGCUCACCAUGUCCAUGAAAUAAACGAUUCAACCAUUA